AUGAUGGCCGUAAAGUACGAGGCGCGGGCGGCGAGUGUGGAGCCGGCGCGGCGGUCGCCGGCCGCGGAGCCCGAGCGGCGGGCGCUCAGCGCGGACUCGGAGCCGAGGACCCUGGCGGCGCGGAAGGCCUACCCCGAGGCGGAGGACGGGCCCCUGGACCUAAGCACGCACGCGCGCAAGGAGAUCGCGGUGCGCGACUUCGCCCGGCACCCGUUCGCCGACCCGGCGGACUACGUGCGCGCCCAGGUGAUCCUGCGCCAGUCGCGGGAGUACCUGGCCGCCGGCCGCGACUCCGGCACCGAGUCGGACGACUCCGCCGAGCGGCUCAGCCCCGGCGGCGCCCUCCCCGGGAAGGCGUACAAGAAGUCACUCAUGAAGAGAUACAGUAAGCGCACGAUCCCCGCUGCAUGCUCACCUUCCCCGACCGUCCGGCGGCUCCUCGCGAUGAUUCCGAUUUCGAAAUCGCCGUCUCCGAAACGGAGUGUUGUCCCGCAAUACGCUAAUAAGGGAUCGUUUCUAAGCUCUCUCGCCUACACGCAGCACCUGGACGUCGAUCCGCACAUUAUAACGAAAACAACGAAGCUGACACAAGCUGACGGCGCAGCGUAUAUUUCCGAAACAGCACUCGCCAUUGCUGCGUCGCAUUACGAAUGGGGUUCAACGACCCGACGCGGAAACCGAUAUCCCGCAGUCGGCAUUUUUGCGUGCGCUACCCAGAAUCGAGUGCAGCACGCGACACUUCCUCCUGUUGUCGUCUCGGUCGCGUUCCAAUUACAAUCGACAAUGCUGACGAAGCCCGCAGCAGCGCAGCACUUUGCCACCUCUCUUUCUUAUUCUAUUUUCGAAUUGGCGAUGUCGAAGCGUUCCUCAGACGACGCUGCGGACGCGCCGGCGGGCGUGUUAUCUGUUAUUUAUACGCUAUCAGUAAUUUCUAUGCGUUGGGGGCCGAACUGUGCGUUCGCCGGCGCGUUUUUGGCCGGCCUUCAACCGGCGCGCAAGGCUGCUAGAUUUCACAACGGCGGACGAACGCACGGGCGACCGGCCGAGCUCCAUGCGCGGCCGCCACACUCGUGUGCCAAAACAAGUUUCUGGAGCGCUCCAGAUCAGACGCUACGCAAACAAUGUAAAUUGGUGCGCUCCACAGGGCCCAGACUUGGGGUCCUGUGUUUUCUCAGCAAACUUUGCGAGACGUACUCGCUCUGUUUCGGU